GUAUGUUCUCAUUUUACCUCACAAAGUACUUUUGUCGUCUGCUCACAUCAAAAAAAUAAUAUUGACAGAUUGAAGAAGAACAGGAUGUGAAAAUGUCUCGAAUGUACUUCAAUCAAGUGUCGUCACGAGAGCUUUUUAAUGGUGGAAGAGAUAAAAGGAACAGUCAAAUAAGUGAUAAUGGUUCACAACAUUUAUAUCAAAACUCACAGAUAGAAUUUUCAGAGAAUUCCCAAGAUGCAACCUAUUCCCAGCCUCUGUCAGGAGAAAGUGGAUCACAGUCACAAGGAACACAAGGAAGAAGAGUAUUUGACAGAUUUAUGACAAAAAGAACAAAUUCGGAGACAUCUUUCAGAUCUACCCCUGCAAAGCCAUCUACUGGAUACAAUCCUGCAGUGUCAUUACCAGUGAAGCAACAGAUAAGAUCAAAUUUCCAACAACAAGUACUGAUCAAUAAAACAAAGGCUAAAGAAAGAGAUGAUAGAGAGAUGUAUGAAUCAGUAGUUAACACUGUCAAAGAAUGUUCAGAUGAAAUGAGAGGAAGCAUUAAAAUGUUUCAACAAAACAUGGAACAGAUGUCUGAUGUAUCUCAUGAGAAGUUCAGUGCUAUGACUAACUCAGUGUUUGAUGUUUUGAAUGACAACUUCAAGAAAAUGAUUGAAACAAUGCAAGACAGAGAUCAAGAGAUUAACAAGAUGCAAGAUUUGGAAAGAGAAAUCUUUGUGAGAGACGCUAAGAUAGAAGAACUUAAUAACAUGAUGGAAAAACAGCAGUCAGAGAAAGAGAACCAGCUUGUUGACAGUUUGAGAAGUGUAAUGACUUCGCUUCACCAAGAAACUAUUGGUGACAUCAAGAAGAUUGGUGAUACAGUAAUGGUCAACACUAACAACCAAUGCCAGCUUAAAGAUAGUCACAAACAGCAAAAGGAUCUGAUGGAAAAACACUACCAUGAAUAUAAAAAUAUUCAGAGUGUAAGACAUGAGGAUAUCAAAAGAGGAGUAAUGAAUGAACUACAACAAUUAAGACAGGAUUUAGAAAGUCACACAAGGCAGCUUGAAGAUUUUUAUUGUAAGGAAUUAUCUACAACUCACUAUAAAGGUAUGAAGGAAAUGCAGUACCACAUCAGCACUGGAUUAGAAAAACAUACUCAUCAAAUUAGAGAUGAUUCAAGAGAAAUGUGUAACUAUCAAAUCAAUGAGAUUAAAGGAUUAUGUAAAUACCAACAGGAAGCUCACAAAACUCUUAUGAAAACUCAAACGCAGGAACAAGCUAUGAUAAGGAAGCAUGAAAAUGAACAAUUAGCAAAACAGAUUGAGAUGAUAACGCUGAAGACCAUGAGUGAGAUCAGCAACAAACAAACUUCAGAUAGACAUACACAAAAUAUUAUCCCAAAAACAGUUACAAAAGGUGUUCAAGAGCAAUUGGAUAAAAUGUUUGAAAGAUACAAUGACGAUUUUUUUAAAAUGAGGACCCAAAUGGAAAUAGUGGCAGCCAAGAAGAAUUCUUACUUUGCAGAAUCAGCAAUUGAGCCAGUCUCUUUGGAAAAUUCAGUACAAAGAAGUCAGGAUAUAUGUUCCAAGGUUUCUAAUAUUGAACCAAACAGAAAAAGUAAUAUAUUAUCCGAUAGUAAUAGAAUUUUUCAGUACAAUGAUAGUAACAAGAAAAACUUUACUUUUGUGUCACCAAGUUACAGGGGGGACAUGUGGAACAGCACCAAAUCUAUGUUCUCUAAAACUAACCCUUCACCUGUGGCAGCAGUAAUUCCCCAGCCACAAAUUAAUGAAAACUUGUCAAAGAAAAAACAACCAGUCAGGGAGAAUAACAAGAAGAGUCGGAGAAAGAGAAAGGCACAUGGAGAGCCAUCAAGAAAAUCUCAAAGAUUAAACAGAACUUGCAGUGAUGCAGACUAUGAUACCAGUGAUGCUUCUCAAACUUAUAGACUUUCUCAAGAUCUACAAGCAGUUAGAAAUGAUUCUGAGAGAGAGAAAAAUCAGCGGUCAUAUUCAAGUUCAUUGCCAUUGGAUGAAUCUCAAAUUGGAGACAAAGAGUGCAUUGGAAAGCAGCAUGGAAAACAUGAUGAUGUCAGAAAUACAAACAGCUCUGUAUUCAAACAACCAUACUCCUCUCACAAAUUGCAUAAAGAUACAGACCAUGGCUUUAGUAGUUUUAUACCAAACAGAAAUGAAAAUAAAGAAGCAAAAGUUACACCAUUCUCUACAAACUCCAUGAGCAGAGAAAAACAGUUAACACAGUUUGACAAAAUACUUCCUGUAAGACCAAACACAUAUUCCACCACCAACCUCAGAAGAUCCACUCCAAGUGUUGUUAAUUCUUUGCAACCUAUAAGGAGAUUUUCGCAGCAAAGGGAUAGCAAUAAAUUUAACGGAAAUAUUAAACCCAACCACACUUCUGGAUUACAACAGAAAAAUGGGAGUGUCUAUGACUUCAAUGAUUCCCCUGCAGGCAGUACAAGAACUGUAAAUGAGAUAAAGCAGAGGGACAGAUAUACCAUAAACAGACAAGAGUCAGCUACUGAAAGUAGCAGAGAAUCAUCACCAUCUUUGUCAAUAACAAAAAUAAUGAUUCAGAGAAAAGUGAAAAAUCGAAAAAGACAACAAACUAGCACUCCUCUUCAAAAAGAUGGAUUUCAAACUUUAUCUCAAAGAAAAGAAGAAAUGUCAGAUGAUUUCUUGAGUACACCAAAUAUGGAGGACACUCAGAAUACUUCUGAUAAUUGGGAAAGACAAUCUGUGAUGUCUGGUUACAGUAGAAGAGGUGAGAAAAGGAGACUUUACAAUUUUGACAUUGGACAAGAAUUAAUCGCAAUCAAAAAAGCUUUUCAUGUUUAGAAUGACCAUUAACUUUAGAAAACUCAGUUUUGAUUGAUUAAAUAAGACAUUUUCAUAUGGACAGGGAAGAUUGAUAUUGAGGCUCUAUUUACAGAGAAAAACUUAUGAGCAACUCAGGAUAUUGAUCACAUGACAAGUUUAAGAAAACUUGUGACACUUUAAAUUUAUAUUUACUUUUUAUACAAAGUAAUUUGUUUUAUCAUGUUAGUCAGGGAUAAGAUUUUGCAUAAUAAAUACACACUGUCAUCAUCACUGUAAGGGAUAGUAAAAGAAUCAAUAACUUAUAAA